AUGAUUCAUAUAUCACUGAUGGCUAUCGGGUACAAUCGUUCGAUCGAGUCGUCUUUUUCUCGGCCACCUUGUUCACCGAUAUUCGUACACUGCAUCAGAUUCGCUGACAUUUUCGUCGGGAUAUUUCCUCUGGCGUACUUUGGCCUCUUUUUAUUCUUUCUUUCUUUUUUUUCCUUUUUCAUUCAUUCAUUCUUUCUUUUUUACUUUUUCAUUCAUUCUUUCUUUCUUUUUUCCUUUUUCAUUCAUUCUUUCUUUUUUCCUUUUUCAUUCAUUCUUUCUUUUUUCCUUUUUCAUUCUUUCUUUCUUUUUUCCUUUUUCAUUCAUUCUUUCUUUUUUUUUUUUUUCAUUCUUUCUUUCUUUUUUCCUUUUCAUUCAUUCUUUCUUUCUUUUUUCCUUUUUUUUCAUUCAUUCUUUCUUUCUUUUUCCUUUUUCAUUCUUUCUUUCUUUUUUUCCUUUUUCAUUCAUUCUUUCUUUUUUCCUUUUUCAUUCAUUCUUUCUUUCUUUUUUCUUUUUUCAUUCAUUCUUUCUUUUUUCCUUUUUCAUUCAUUCAUUCUUUCUUUUUUCCUUUUUCAUUCAUUCUUUCUUUCUUUUUCCUUUUUCAUUCUUUCUUUCUUUUUUUCCUUUUUCAUUCUUUCUUUCUUUCUUUUUCCUUUUUCAUUCUUUCUUUCUUUCUUUUUCCUUUUUCAUUCUUUCUUUCUUUUUUUCCUUUUUCAUUCAUUCUUUCUUUUUUCCUUUUUCAUUCAUUCUUUCUUUCUUUUUUCUUUUUUCAUUCAUUCUUUCUUUCUUUUUUCCUUUUUCAUUCAUUCUUUCUUUUUUCCUUUUUCAUUCAUUCUUUCUUUUUUCCUUUUUCAUUCAUUCUUUCUUUUUUCCUUUUUCAUUCUUUCUUUCUUUUUUCCUUUUUCAUUCAUUCUUUCUUCCUUUUUCAUUUUUACUCUAGAUUUAUAUUGUUUUUUCUUUUACCUGUUCUCUUUCUUAUUUUUGCCUUCUCUAAUUAAUUUUUUUCGUUUCCCUUAUUUUGUGUCUCUUUUCUUUCUUUCUUUCUUUCUUUCUUUCUUUCUUUCUUUCUUUCUUUCUUUCUUUAUUUAUUUAUUAUUUGUACCUACCCUAAUUAUUUUUACUAGUGUUUUUCUCUAUUUCCCUUUCCUUUCUUUCUUUCUGUCUUUCUUUCUUUCAUUCUUUCUUUCCUUCUUUCUUUCUUUCUUUCUUUCUUUCAUCCAUUCAUUCUUUUCAAAACUCCCUUUAUGUCUUUUCUUUCUUUCUUUCUUUCUUUCUUUCUUUCUUUAUUUAUUUAUUUAUUUAUUAUUUGUACCUACCCUAAUUAUUUUCCCUAGUGUUUUUCUCUUUUUCCCUUUCCUUUCUUUCUUUCUUUCUUUCUUUCUUUCAUUCUUUCUUUCUUUCUUUCUUUCUUUCUUUCUUUUCAAAACUCCCUUUAUGUCUUUUCUUUCUUUCUUUCUUUCUUUCUUUAUUAUUUGUACCAUCCUAAUUAUUUUUCCUAGUGUUUUUCUCUUUUUCCCUUUCUUUCUUUCUUUCUUUCUUUCUUUCUUUUCUUUCUUUCUUUCUUUGUUUAUUUCUUAUUUUGUUUUUCUUCUUUCUUUCCUUUCUUUCUUUCUUUCUUAUUUCACCAUCACUUUUGUUUUAGUACUGUUUUUCGUAUUUCUUUUUCUUUCUUUCUUUCUUUUCUUUUCUUUUCUUUCUUUCUUUCUUUCUUUCUUAUUGUUACCUAAUCUAAUCAGAUUGACUAUACUUAAUUUUUCUUUCUUUCUUUCUUUCUUUCUUUCUUUCUUUCUUUCUUUCUUUCUUUCUUACAACAUACUUUCAUUCUUUCUUUCCCAAAGUAAACGAGGUACUAGUGGUAGCCUGAAUAUCGGUGACAGACUUUGA